GUAAGUUCGAGGAGCAAGAGGGGGGAGAGAGAAGGAGUCCGUCUAUAGAAAUAUAGACAGACGAUUUCCGCGCAGAUCGUUCCAUACAGACGAUCUUGUUCCCGUUGUAUGGAGGGCGUCGGUAUCGUGGGAUUAAUCUUCGCGGGAAACAACUUUUCCCCUUUCCCGCGAAACUCAGCCCGGCGCGCGAACGAAAUCAGAUCGAGCCGCGUUUUCUUCUCCAUGACGCUCUGAUCUUCCACCUCCUUGUUCACGAUGCCAUUCAGUCCCCCUUCUGAAGUUCACUUAUUCUCGCCAUAGAAGUUGUUGCAAAGCUUGGGGAUGGGGCGCCAAUCGACGCGGGUCCCUGCGCCGUCACCGCCACCAUGGGAGCCUCCGGAGGUGACCAACGCUGAGCACGCCGCCGCCGUUCCCCGCUCUAGGACGGCCGUUUGGUGGGGCAACUCGCCCGGUGCUAGCGCUUCCGUCUCCUCGACUCAGGCUGUCCCGAAGGACAAGCAGGCAUGGAACUCGGCUGCAGCCUCCGAGUUCUCGUCCCCAACCUUAGAUUGGGGGGCAGAUCUCCGUCCACCUGGUGGUUUUCUAAGCUACUUCGAAAACCCGUCGAGCUCCCCUCUUCCCCAACAACAGCCUAAUCAUCAGGCCAUGUUCCAAAAUUUACAUUAUGCCGGUGGUCCUCCACACCAUGCUUCAUUUCCGGCACCACGACCAACGGUGCUCACGGGGAAUCCAGUACUUCCGUUUCCCAUGUCGAGCACUCCACUUACACCAUCUGGUUUCCAGCAGUCCAUGAAUGUUGAUGGAGGCGGCAAGGACGGAGGUAGGAGGACUGAGAAACGACUUGCAUGGACAAAAGAGGAGGAUACAAGAUUGAUGAGUGCUUGGUUAAGUAACUCGACUGACCCAAUCAAUGAAAACAACAAGACGAGUGAUCAAUACUGGAGAGAUGUCACUAUGGUCUACAACAGCACUACUCCAGAAAAUAGGAAGAGACUUGUGAAGCAAGCAAAAGACCAUUGGCAUAGUCUUAAUAAGCUGGUAUACCAAUUCCAUUGCUCUUAUACGAAGGCUUCUGCCAUAUAUGCUAGUGGACAAUCUGAUGCCCAGUUAUUGGAGAAAGCUCACGCAUUUUAUGAGGCUUCGGUCGUUGCUGUGCGUGGUACUUCCAUCCGGCCAGAGGAAGUACCACGCACAGCAACGACCGAAAAAUUAUGCUAUGCACGAGGAAAGCGCAUGCAUCACCGACCACAGUCUCCACUCCGGACAAAAUUCGAUCGGUCCCGAGAGCAAUCGAUCAGGAGAGAAAGGAAUCAAGAAUCAAAAAAUCAAGACGAGCUGCAACGGCGACCAUCGACUACGGGCGAGUUCAAUUAUUUGCGCAUCGGGCGUGAUCUCCACGAGAAGAAACCAAUCUGCUAAAUCACGAGAAGCCGCUCCGUGCGCCCGUGUAUCGCAGCAAUCCACAAGAAGACAAGCCGUUCUCGCAGUCAACCGCGACCGCAGGCUCCCAGUCGCGGAACGCGGCACGGCAGGAUUAACUCCGCGUCCAGCAAUUCAGUUCCACCAAGCCGCAUCUGCGCGCCGGCACCGAAGUCGGCCUCGUCGAAUCCCAAUCAGCCCGGGUUCGCCGAGUCCCGAGCCACGUGGUCGCGUGCCUGCACGCAGCACACGCAGCCGUGAGAGAAUCGAUUAAUCCUAAAGAACCGGCGCCCUGUUUCCUUUUUUCAGCAGAACGGCGGCUUCAAGACAAACAAAUUGAUGGCACGUGGUGGAUUACUAAAAGGAAAAAGAAGAGCAGAAGAUGGUUCAGAGUUCAGAGUUCACGUAAUGCCUAAAGUGGAUUAACAGCAAGUCAAAGCAACGCACGCUUAAAGCGGAAACCAUAAUCAACUCGUGUACCUGCGACUCCGGAUCAAGACAGCCUGGGUCAGCCGCGUCUGUCAAAUACGGACAAUAUCGUGACCAUCUACAACAGAAAAGGCAUCGGCUCUGCGCUAGACGCGCACAGGAAAGUUUGAAGCGUCUGCCGGCGCUGACUCCGUCCGCG